AUGGCCGAUUUGUGCCUGUGUGCAGCCGCAGGACGCGGCGCCGCAGUGCGAGAGGGCGCUUCGAUGCGAUUUCACCGCACGCCGGUCAUCACAUGCAGGCGGCGGCCUGCGUGCGAGCGUCCCGGCCAGGUCCGUGCUAUGCCAAGCACUACCACGGCGACGAGGGCGCCAUCCGAGACGCAGCCUCGCCCAGGGCCCGGCAACGGGGAUCAGAGGUAUCCGUACAUCGACCAGUCCUAUCCGGGCCUGCAAGUCCUGAAUGAAGAGCCGCCGGUGUACCUCAUCAGGAACUUCCUUUCCGAGGCCCACUGCGACGCGCUGCGAGCCGCGGCCGUGGAGGGCGUGCUGCCUGAGAUUCAGUACGAUAACAGCGUACACCUCGACGCGGCGAAGCUGCGCCUUUUGGCUCCAAUCGCCGUCCUAGGAGCGGUGCCACCGGCGUUGCACGCUGCCGAGGCAGGCGCAAGCACGGCACAGAUUCUCGCAGCCGGCGGCCAGGCCCUGGGGAUCGCCGCAGCAGGCAUGUUCGUCCUCACGCGUGUCGUGGUCCUCGCCGUGCAAGCGUCCAUUGGGGGAAAGAUCUUCAGCGGCUCCAAGUGGACCACACGAGAGCUGCGCGCUGCGACGCCCGAGGCCGGCAGCGACGAGGCCGGCGUGCAGCGGAACGCGCUGCGGGCGAACGCCAUUGCUGCACGGGCGGCGUUUGUCGACGCGUACACGCGGCUGAUCGACACACCAGAGUCGCACCUCGAAGAGCCGAUGGUCACGAGAUAUCAGGAGGGAGACUAUCAGCUGACGCACAUUGAUGCACGCACGGCGGGCGACAUGGGCGAGGACAUGGAGGCGUUCAUGGCGCGCGGAGGUCAGCGGCUUGUGCAGUGUGUGUGUUACCUGUCGGGGGAUGACGAGGGCACGGGCGGGGCGACGUCGUUCGACCAUCCCUGCAUGGAGGGCCUCAAGGUCGCGCCGACGCGUGGCAGCGCUCUCGUUUUCUUUCCUGCGUUCCGGGACGGCCGGAGCGAUGACCGCAUGACUCACAGUGGGCAAAGGGUGGACAGCGGGGAGAAAUGGAUCGUCAACUCGUGGGCGUGCGAGAAGGCAGUCGAGGUGCUGCCACAGCAUGCGCCCCGGUCUGCCUAG